UAGAUCCGUCCCCUCGUUGAGAGGCGGCAAGUGGCGAUUUCUGGAGAGGAGCGGAGACGCAUGUUUUACGCAGUGCCUGCCGCUUUAUCAAUCUCCACGUCAUUGCCGCCGCUGCCACAAUCAGAAGCACAUCAGAGCAGAAGAAACAAAGGCUGGAUAGAGUCUGAGUCUGCGUCUGCGUCCCCCCCGGCUGCCAUGAGUUUUUCCAGCGACGAGGUAAACUUUCUGGUUUACCGAUACCUGCAGGAGUCGGGCUUCCUGCACUCCUCCUACGUCUUUGGCAUUGAGUCGCACAUCUCGCGGACCAACAUCAAUGGGAACCUGGUGCCGCCGGCCGCCCUGCUCUCCAUCCUGCAGAAGGGUCUCCUCUACACAGAGGUGGAGUGGAGCGUCGGCGAGGACGGAGAGGUGGGGCGUCUCAUUGAAGGCCUCUCCCUGAUUGAUGCUGUGAUGCCGGAGGCCAAGGGGCCCAAGCCGGCGGCGAAAACGGACGAGGACGCAGCCGCAGCCGCAGAAGAAGCCGCGCAGCCAUCCAGCAGCACCUCGGAGUCCACCAAGGAGGGGGCCUCCAGUGGGAGUGCUGCAUCCACUAGCGGCUCCAGAGGCAACAAAAAUCCAAAAGCCAUCGAGACGAGCAGCGACGACGCCGUCCCAUCCACAUCCAAAAAAGCCGCCGCUGUCGCCACUUUCUUUCCAAUAAAACCGGAAAAAUCAGCCCCAGCCCCAGUCCCAGCCUCAGCUUCGCCUGCAGCUCCAGCCCAGAGUACAGCUCCGAGUGGGACCGGCGCCCCUGAGUCCCUCGACCAAAUGGAGAUUGAUGGGAGCAUUGAGAUCCCGGAGUCCGAGGCGUGCGCUCUGCGCGGCCACGAGGGCGAGGUGUUCAUCUGCGCCUGGAAUCCGCAUCGGGACCUGCUGGCCAGUGGCUCGGGCGAUAGCACUACCCGCCUCUGGGACAUGUCCGGAUCAACGGCCAGCUCCCAUCAGCAGCUGGUGCUGAAGCACUGCAUCCAGAAGGACGGGGAAGAGGUGCGGAGCAACAAGGACGUCACGUCCCUGGACUGGAAUGGUGAGGGCUCGCUGUUGGCCACUGGUAGCUAUGAUGGAUAUGCGCGCAUCUGGAACACAGACGGCCGCCUGACCUUGACGCUGUGCCAGCACAAGGGGCCGAUCUUUGCCCUCAAGUGGAACAAGUAUGGCAACUACAUUGUCUCCGCCGGCGUGGACAAGACGACGAUCAUCUGGGAUGCCAGCACGGGGAAGUGCACGCAACAGUUCGCCUUUCAUAGUGCCCCGGCCCUGGACGUGGACUGGCAGACGAGUGAGGCCUUCGCCUCGUGCAGCACAGAUCAGAGAAUAUUCGUGUGUCGGCUGGGCGAGGCAGAGCCGAUCAAAACGUUCCGUGGCCACACCAACGAGGUGAACGCCAUCAAGUGGUGCCCGCAGGGGCAGCUGCUGGCCUCCUGCUCGGACGACUUGACUCUGAAGAUCUGGAGCAUGAAUCGGGAUCGGUGCUGCCAGGACCUGUUGGCCCAUUCCAAGGAGAUCUACACGAUCAAGUGGUCACCCACAGGGCCGAGCACGAACAAUCCGAACAUGAACCUGGUGCUCGCCUCGGCCUCCUUCGACUCGACGGUUCGCCUGUGGGACGUGGAGCGUGGCAGCUGCAUCUACACGCUCACCAAGCACACGGAGCCCGUCUACUCGGUGGCCUUCAGUCCCGACGGCAAGCACCUUGCCUCGGGCAGCUUCGACAAGUGCGUGCACAUCUGGAGCACCCAGACUGGACAGCUGGUGCACACCUACAAGGGCACCGGCGGCAUCUUCGAGGUCUGCUGGAACUCCAGCGGCAACAAGGUGGGCGCCAGUGCCUCCGACGGCGGUGUCUUUGUCCUAGAUCUGCGCAAGCUCUGAUCCCUUGCCUAUGCAACAUUUAUAUUACCUAAACGAGGGGCACAUACACUGAGAAGCCCCAGAUAAACGCCAUA